GUUCAAUAUUUUCUCUUACGCUGUUUUGACUUCGUUAAUGUUACACUUAAUUAUGCUCUGGGGUUUUGUUUUGGUUGUCUUGGUAGCUUGUGGCCCCUGAGGACCCCUAGUGGAUUGUUUGCGGAAACACAGAGGAAGCUGAUUGGUUGAUGAAGCUGGCAGCCAGUCAGUGCGGAGAGUGACCUGAGAGCAGCAGCAGGAUCACAUGUGUUGCUUCGAACAAAAGCGGAGAAAUUAUAUAUUUUUGGAUGGAUAACUUAUUUGGAUAGGAGUAGAUGGAUUGUGAUGCAUCCGGACACAAAAUCUGGUUUGUUUCCGCGGCACUGAAGUAACAAAAACAGAAGCGAAGUGACAGAAGCGAUGAUGAACUCAGGCAUGCAAAAGCCACCUGUGGCCCCAAAACCAAAGCUGGCCCAGCCUCAGAGGCCAGGGAUGUCCCCCUCAACCCCCAGAAGAGACUCCUGCCUCUCGCUCCCUUCUCCUGGCACACAGAGGAGGGUUAAACCAGCUCUGGCCCCCAAACCCUGCCUCUCCAAACUCACUACUUCUGUGGAAUCCAAACCACCAGCUUCAAAGAGCCAAGAAACCCCGCGAAUCGAAGGUCUUCUUAACUCCCAAAAUGCAAAGCAGCAAGAGAACAAAAAGCCAGACUGGGAUUAUAUCAUUCCUAUUUGUCUGUGUAGCCAGGAAAACUGCAUGUGCAUCAGGAACACAAACAGAAAGCUUGUCCGAGGUACUUUGGAUAACAGCGGAGAGAAAAAGUGCAAAGUUAUGAUCUCUUCUACUCAACUCACAAACCAAAAACCUCUUCAAGAAACUUUGGACAGAAAUCUCAACACAGACAUCAACACAGCAAGCGCUGUUAGGCCGUCCCUUCCAUACAGAACGUGGAGCGAUGAGGCAAAUGGUAACGUCCUCCCUCAGAGCGUACCUGAAGCAGCUCCGGAGGAAGAUGCUCUUGGCUCGAAGAAAAUAUCUUGUGUGCCCAAACCAGUCCCAGCAGCCUGGAGGAAGCCCAUCCCUGUCCCUGUACCACGGAAACCCAGGAUAGUCCGCCAGGAAAAGGUGGAGGAGGAGAGUGCGGAGAUUGCGAGCCAGGAUGUGAACGUCACAGAGGUGAAGGUGGAGGGGAAGGGCAGCUCAUCAGUGUCUGUCAGUGUACCUGCUGGAAACAAGCAGUCAAGUUUUCUGUCUGUGAGGAAAGCCUGCGCUCAGCCGGCGCCUCCGCCCAGGAAAAAGCCUUUACUGUGUGCACCUGAGAAAGCACCAACCUCUGCUCCUCUGACGCUCCCAAAGGAUGUGGAGGAGGAAGACCUGGGGUGGGACAGCAGCAUCCAGGAGAUGGAGGUAUCGGUUGACAAGGAGGAUGAAGAGGUGGAGAAAGAGGGAACGGAUAAUCGGGAGGGAGUCUACAGUGAUUUCACACAUAGUCCUCCUUCUUGCAGUUUACUCGAUCAACCGGAGCCUCCUGCCGUCACCGUGGCAGCAGAGGACAGGGUGGUCAAGGUCACUCCCAAGAAGCCCCAGAGACACAGCAGCCCGAUGGCAUUUAUGCAGAGGAAGGAAUCCUCUGAGGAGAAAGAAGAGUUAGGAGAUGAUGAAAAAAGGCAGGACCCUCCGAUACGGGACUGUGUUUUGAAGGAGAGAGUGAUGAAGGAGCUUCCUUUGCCUCCUGAUGAGGAAACGAGAAGUAAACUCUCAACACCUGGAAUUACCAAGCCUUCUCGGUCCAGCAAACAGAGGGCCAAAUCUUUCUCCGGUGCCGACCUCCAACGCUCUGAUGGACAGAAGAGGAACUCUUUCCGGAAACUGCUGGAUUUGAAGCUCUCUGUGAAGAUGCUUCCCAAGCUGAUAGUGAAAGGAGGCCAGAACUCAGACUGCACGGCGAAUGAGAACGAGCAAAGUGUGGACGGAUGUCAGGACUUCCCCGAGCAUCUCAGAGCGCCACGUAAAUUCUCCUGUCCGCUGAUCGGAGUGGAGCAAAACGUGGACGGAGAGGAGUUCUCUGCUGUUUACUAUGAGAACAUGCCUCACUAUGAGGAGAUACCAGACUACAUGAAUGUACAUGUGGCAUCCCCUCGGACCUCCAUCUCACAGCCUACACCCUGGCAGAGCUCACUGUAUAACGACGAGGGCAUAUAUGAGGAGCAGGAGCCAUACAUGUCCUUUGAGAAAAACCCUGGAAGCCAACAAUGUCAGACCCCAACAGACUAUGAGAGAAGCUCUGUCGAUGAGGAGGUGACACCCCUGGAUGGUGGCCACUCCGAUGAUGACAUCAUGGCCAACACCUCAGAGGACGAGGGCGAUAGCAGCUCCAUCUCAAGUAAAGGAGACCCUGAGCAGCCAGAGGAGAGCACGACACAGAGUGGACAGAAGAAGAGCAAGAUUCACCACAUCGCCACAGAAAUUAUGAGCUCUGAGAGUGUGUUUGUUGAUGUCCUGAAGCUGCUUCAUGUUGACUUCCGUGAUGCAGCGUCCACAGCGUCUCGUCAGAGUGGGAAGCCGGUGAUUGAGGAGCGUCUUCUCAACCAGAUUCUGUACUACCUGCCACAGCUCUAUGAACUCAACCAGGACCUGCUCAGAGAGCUGAAGCAGAGAGUGGCCAAAUGGGAUGAGAAUGCCCGGCUGGCAGACAUUUUCGUAAAGAAAGGGCCCUAUCUGAAGAUGUACUCCACAUACAUCCGCGAGUUUGACAAGAAUGUGGCUCUACUGGAAGAGCAGAGUAAGAAGAACCCGGCAUUUGGCGCAGUGGUACGGGAGUUUGAGGCCAGUCCACGCUGUGCCAACUUGGCUCUGAAGCAUUAUCUCCUGAAGCCUGUUCAGAGGAUUCCUCAGUAUCAGCUGCUGCUCACGGAUUAUCUGAAAAACCUGUCUGAAGACUCAGAUGAUUACAAAGACACACAAGCUGCCCUUGUAAUAGUCAAAGAGGUCGCCAAUCAUGCCAAUGACAUCAUGAAACAAGGGGAUAACUUCCAGAAACUGAUUCAGGUGCAGUGCAGUCUGAAUGGUCAUCACGAGAUAGUCCAACCUGGGCGGAUCUUUUUGAAAGAGGGCAUCCUGAAGAAGCUGUCCAGGAAGGUCAUGCAGCCCAGAAUGUUCUUCUUGUUUAACGACACGUUGCUGUACACGACUCCUGUCCAGUCAGGCCAGUACAAGUUAAACAACAUGUUGUCUCUGGCUGGGAUGAAGGUGAGCAAACCAAGCCAGGAGGCCUAUCAGAAUGAGCUGAAGAUUGAGAGCGUGGAGCGCUCCUUCAUUCUCUCAGCAAGCUCAGCCACAGAGCGAGAUGAAUGGCUCGAGGCCAUUUCCACGGCGAUCAGUGACUACACUAGGAAGAAGAUCAGUUUUAUAUCUGGCAAGCCUCCAGAAGAGAUUGAGCUGAGAAAUUGUGAUGAUGGUGCUCCUUUGGGAUCCAAAGCUCCCAUAUGGAUCCCUGACCCUCGGACCACUAUGUGUAUGAUCUGCACCUGUGAGUUCACCCUGACGUGGAGGCGACACCACUGCCGCGCAUGUGGAAAGGUUGUGUGCCAGUCGUGUUCCUCCAACAAAUACUGUCUUGAAUACCUAAAGAACCAGUUAGCACGAGUGUGUGACCAGUGCUUCACUGUUCUUCAGCAGCAGAAAAGUGAGCAGGUCCUAUCAGCAGCAGUAUCUCCUGGAAGCAGAGCGACAUUUGCUUUCUCCAGGAAGCAGAAGAAGAUACCUGCAGCCCUCAAAGAGGUGUCGGCAAGCACAGACAACUCCUCCAUGAGUGGUUAUCUGCAGAGAUCAAAGGGCAACAAAAAGCAGGGGAAGAGGCUGUGGUUCGUUAUCAAAGACAAGGUCCUGUACACGUACGCUGCAAGUGAGGAUGUUGCAGCCUUAGAGAGUCAGCCCCUGUUAGGGUUCAUGUUGAAAGUUGAUUCAUCGCAGAAGUUACAGUUUAAGCUUUUUCACAAAAACACGCCGUACUACAUUUUUAAGGCUGAUGACGUCCAAACAGCACAGAGGUGGAUUAACUCAUUCAAAGAAGCCACGGUGCUUUAGUAUCGGUACACAGCGGCGUGGAGCUGUUCAGCACACAUUUUUUUUUACCUCAGUGCUCUCUGAAUUCUGUUAAAAGCAUCUAGAGACCUCAUGUUAAUUGCACUGAAACAUCCAAAUAUGUUAUUUUAUUGCCUUUAUCGGACAUACUGUACUUUUUUCAUUCUUUUAAAAGGAUUAGUCAUGUUAUAUUUGUAUGUGAACAUGAAUCUUUUCCAUCAGGAUGUAUGCAGUUUGGCUGCAAUUUUAGAAUCAUAUGCCAAAAUAUGUAGCUCUUUUAGACUUUUUUUGUUACAUAUUAAUUCAAGUUUUUAGUAAUCUGCUUGGAUCUCUGUAGCAUAGACUUGUUAAUAAAAACCCAUUGUAAAUAGAUUUGUAAUGAAUAUUGUAAUAACAUUUUGACACACCUGUAGAGGUAAAAACAAAUCAUGUAGAUCUUUUUAUUUGGUUAAAAUAAUUUUCACACUCAUGCAGCUGGCUGUAGAACACAUUCUCUUCAUGCUUUUGUAAGAAACUUUCACUUUCUAUUAUUAAGCCUUUCUGUAAACCUGAGUCUAAUCUGGAGUGUAAUGGUGUAUCAGGGGAAUGCUCACUAUUUGGACAGAACUGUACCAUAAUGUGUAUUAUUUAAGUAACUCAAAUAACUGUAGAUAGAUGAUAUCCUUACACUCAUACCUUAAAUGUAAAUAUAGAGGAUUGUAAAUGAACUGUAAUCAAAUUACCACAAAUCUCAGUUUUGUUAUUUAAAUUCUCUCACUGUAAUAAACGUUUGUUUUACUGUG